AUGUAUAGCCUUCAUCGAAAUUUCGUCAGACUAGGGUUAAGAAGCUCGUCUAGCAGGACUGUUGGAACUACUCUGUCCAUUCGGGCAUAUUCUACCCCUGAGUCUAAUGUUCUCACUGAGACAAAUAGACUUGAAAAAACCCUUGAAAAGUUUUGGACUAAAGUGGGAGUGUCACAAUAUCAAGGAAGCGAGGAUGGCUUAUCAGGUCACGUUAUAACUUUAGAUUCAAAACCUAUUAAAACCCCCUUGGGAUUUCCUUUGGUGGUACCCGAAUAUAAACAAAGCAGUGCAGCAUUGGCGCACUUAAUUGCCCAAGAAUGGUCGUUGCUGUCGAACUUGAAAAUUAAAAGACAUAAUCUUCCGAUUACGGGUCUUGCUUCAAGGGCCGUUGAUCUUCAAUACUCUCCGGAGGGUGUACAGGAGAUUGAUCGUACGAUUGAAUUACUGCUGCCAUAUUUGGAUACUGAUACUUUGAUUACUUUCGCUCCGCAUAAGGACUGCGAUGGAACAUUGAGACCAGCUCAGGAAGAGCUUUACUGGCCCGUUAUUAAGGAAGCAGAAAAGUUUUGGGACGUAAAGCUUAAUGUAUUAGAUAGUGAAACCACCUUGUUCGGUAGCAAACAAUCUCUAGAAACCCGUCAAAAGGUUGAAAACUGGUUAAGGUCUUUGGACAUUUGGCAGUUCACUGCUUUGGAAAGGGCAACGACAGCUGCAAAGUCCCUAAUCGCUGGUAUGAAUAUUGUUACGCAUAAAAGAACGCCCGACGAAGUAGCUAAGCUUGUUAAUUUGGAAACAACUUUUCAAACCGAACAAUGGGGUGAAGUUGAGGAUACCCAUGAUGUUGAACAUGCUGAUAUUCGAAGGCUGCUAGGAAGCGCUUAUAUUUUGGCCAAAUAG